AAAAACACAACGUGGAUCCUCCGGUAUCCGGUUUCAUUACCUCUUCUCCUCGCCACGACCCACGGCAGGGAGGCCAGCCAAUCAGUCUCGCAAGAUGGGUGAGAGAGUGUUUCUGCAGCCAAUAAUACGCGAGGAAUCCAACCAGGCACGCCUACUUCUAGUGUCGUUUCCAUUUCGUUACAGGAAAUUGAAACUUGCUUUGUUUAUGCAGGGGAGAGAGAUAUAGAGAGAAAUGGGUGUAGCCGCUAUUGAUAGUACAUAGUUUUAUAUCACCUGCUCUUUGAAGUGUUUAGGUUGGGUUAUAAGGUUGUGUGUUAGUUUAUUUACCUGCACUGAGUUCUGACACAAAGAGUCUGUUUUCUGUGUCAUUUAAGAACCGCAGCUACACAGAAGUUGGAACUGAGAAACAGGGCGACAGGAUUCAGAAAAGUAGACGUCUGUUGUUUCUUUAACACAUCAGAAAAAGUGGUGAUUUUAUAUGAAUGGAAAUUAUACAGUAAAUUAAAAGCAACGAGGAUUCUGCUACUCGAGUCUCAAGCUAACAGUCAGUGAAGAUGGACGUCAGUGUCUCCGUGUCGUUCUUUCAAGACGAGCUCGCCUCUACCAUCGAGCACGCAGUGAAAGCGGCUGUAGACACCGUCUUGUGCCAAAUCACAAAAGUUGUCGGCGGCAAAUUCACUGAAUUCCAAAUGGAAAUGGCUGGAAAGGAGAAAGAGAAUGAAAGUCUGAAGCUGAGAUUGGAAAUAUCAGAGAGCGAGUUGAAAGCAAUGCGAGAAUGCAUGAACGCUGCAGAUGCAGAUCUUCAACACCCUCUCCAGAGGAAUGAGAGCCAGGGAUUAUUUCAAGAUCCCAAAGAGAGCCAUGCUAUGCCUAAAUCUGAAGCACAGAAGCGGCAAAGGAUAGAAGCAGUUUACAAACAGGAAGAGCCUGUUGACCAGGAGAGGUGUGCAAGACUAAAGCAGGUUACAGAGCUGGUGUUUGCUAAAGAUGAAGAGGUCCCUCGACUGGAAUGUGUUCCUAUUAAAGAGGAAUUCAUAGAACAGGAAUGUGUCCCCAUCGCAGAGGAAGUUCCUACUGAAAAUAAUGUCUGUACACUUGAGGAGAACAACACGCUGGGGUCAAGUCUGUAUGAUGAUUGUCCACCUGAAUAUGAACUGGGAUUUAGAGCUGCUAAAGGAAAUCACACAGGAGGGACUCCAUUUCCCUGUGCGGAUUGUGGGAAGAAUUUCAGUUGUUUAUCACAUCUAAAAAUCCACCAGCGCGUUCACACAGGAGAGAAACCUUAUCACUGCACAGAGUGUGGGAGGAGUUUCACUCUGUUACAAAAUCUUAAAAGGCACCAGACCAGUCACACAGGAGAGAAAUCUUAUCAUUGCACUGUGUGUGGGAGGAGUUUCACUCUGUUGCAGAAUCUUAAAAGGCACCAGCACAGUCACACAGGAGAGAAACCUUAUUACUGCACUGAGUGUGGUAGGAGUUUCACAGUGUUACAGAAUCUUAAAAGACACCAGCAAAGUCACACAGGAGAGAAACCUUUUCACUGCACUGAGUGUGGGAAGAGUUUCACACAGUUAGGAAGUCUUCAAUCACACCAGCGCAGUCACACAGGAGAUAAACCUCAUCACUGUGUUGAAUGUGGGAAGAGUUUCACGCGAUUAGGAAGUCUUCAAUCACACCAGCGCAGUCACAGAGGAGAGAAACCUUAUCACUGCAUUCAGUGUGGGAAGAAUUUCACACGAUUAGGAAGUCUUCAAUCACACCAGCGCAUUCACACAGGAGAGAAGCCUUAUCACUGUGCGGAAUGUGGGAAGUGCUUCACAUAUUUAAGUUCCUUGAAAAUCCACCAGCAGACUCACAAAAAAUAAAUCAGGACCAAGCAUUUUUCAGUGAGAUGCUCCCCCAGGACCAGGUGUUUUUUUGGCUGUAGUUGACUCUCUUCCUAUCAAAAUUCACAAAAAAUCAUUUUUUUACAGUAGCAUCUUGCAAAUGGGUGUCUCUUUUUUCAGAACACUCUGGGGAACAUUUUAAAGUACUUCUGAAACCAUAUCAUCUUUUUUUUUUUUUUUUGACACAAUGUAUUUUGUUUUUAUGUGAUUUCUAUUAUGUAUAAAAACACGUUAUUCUAUGACCCGAGGGACCUUACAAUACUUCCUGAAAGCUUUGUUGAAAAAUAUUGAUGUUUGGGCAGAUUAGAAGACAUAGUUUCACCUGAGUGAAUGCAAUGACAUCAUACACGUUUAUUCUCAGGGUCUUUGUAAGCAAUAAUGGACACUACUCUCGAUUUUAUUUUCUCAAAAUAAAUAUUUAUAAAUAAUAGUUACUCAUUCGAUUAUCAGUAAUAAGAAAAAAAUGCAUGCGAUACAUUUAGUUAAUGAAAUAGUGUGCUUUAUCCACUCGUUUCUUGAUAUUUGUAAAUGUUGUAAAUGCAUAUAUAUAUUAAAGCAUAAGACAGAAUAAAUGUUCUAAUAUAAUUAUAAGUCAAAUACAUCAGAUUUGCAGUGUUUCCUGUAAACGAUUACUCCAAAAACUGAAAUAUCCCCUUCAUAUGCUGAAUGAAAUUUAAUCAAAAAUAAACAUAACAUAGCCUGGACGUCGCGAGUUCGAGUCCAGGCUAUUCCACAGCCGACCGUGGACGGGAGCCCCCAGGGGGUUAAUUGGCCGAGCGUCGCCCUGGGGAGGGAGGGUUAGGUCGGCCAGGGUGUCCUCGGCUCACCGCGCACCAGCGACCCCUGUAGUCUGGCCGAGCGCCUGCGGGCUUGCCUGUAAGCUGCCCAGAGCUGCGUUGUCCUCCGACGCUGUAGCUCUGAGGCGGCUGCACGGUGAGUCUGCAGUGUGUAAAGAAGCGGGCGGCUGACGGCACACAGCGUGUGUUCAUCUUCGCCCCUCCCGAGUCAGCGCAGGGGUGGUAGCGGUGAGCUGAGCAUAAUAAAAUAAUUGGGCAUUUCAAAUUGGGGGGAAAAUAAUAAAAAAUAAUUGGCAACGACUAAAUUUAAAAAAAAAAUAAUAAAUAAAUGAAUAAAUAAAUAAAUAAAUAAAUAAAUAAACAUAACAAAUGUAAUGCAGGAAAGGCUGUGUUGCACUGCAGUCGUUAUGAGGAUGUGUUGCCUGUUCCCUUCAUGCAUUUGUAUUAAAACGCUGCAAAAGAAAUAACCUGAUUAAUAAAUAUAACAAGGAGCUGAAUUCAGUGUGGUGGUGUUGUUGAAAUAUCUUUUUAGAUUUAAAUAAAUGUUGAUUGCUUGCCCUCAAAGGAAAAGUAAUACUGUUUGAGGGCGCCGUGGCUGAUGCUAACACUCUGGAAGCCUGUGAUGCAUGAAGUCCGACCAUGAGAGAGCUUCUGAAGAUAGGUUAGGAUGGAGGGGGAUUUGAUUCAUUGACUUGCUGUCUGAACUGAUACAAGUUACAAAUAUAAACAAUCCCAAUGGUGUAUAUACAGUUAUGGGUAAUGGGGAUUCUCCAGGUGUAAAUGUUUGCCAGUCCAUGUUGGAGCCUGGCAGGUUCCAUAUGCGUGCUUCUGUAUGUCUUGUUGCUCUACAAUAAUACAUGAAUGAUAAGUUAGGCUACAGCACUACUGUUCAAAUUUGUCCCCACCUCUCCAGUCUCAGGUACAGUCGUUGCUGUCCCCUCUUCAGCGCCAGGGAUUAACAUUUUUCACACACACACACACACACAUAUAUAUAUAUAUAUAUAUAUAACAAGCAACCACAGACACCCAUCAUCAGGUAAGAUAACACAAGAGACAUUCUUCAGGUGUUUGAGGUCUGCUGUCAUGCCAGUGUGUCAGGGGGGAUGCAUGCUGGCAGGUCUAGGAGACCGAUGCAUAAUGGUAGGGGUGGCACCAACAACACACUGUACCUGUAAGAAUCCCACUGCCAUGGGCAGUGUAUGUGGCGUCCAUUUGUUUGAUGUGCUGUCAGUUUGUUGGGUGAGGAACACAAGAACAUAAGAAAGUUUACAAACGAGAGGAGGCUGUUCGGCCCAUCUUGCUUGUUUGGUUGUUAGUAGAUUAUUGAUCCCAGAAUCUCAUCAAGCAGCUUCUUGAAGGAUCCCAAGGUGUCAGCUUCAACAACAUUACUGGGGAGUUGGUUCCAGACCCUCACAAUUCUCUGUGUAAAAAAGUGCCUCCUAUUUUCUGUUCUGAAUGCCCCUUUAUCUAAUCUCCAUUUGUGACCCCUGUUCCUUGUUUCUUUUUUCAGGUCAAAAAAGUCCCCUGGGUCGACAUUGUCUAUACCUUUUAGGAUUUUGAAUGCUUGAAUCAGAUCGCCGCGUAGUCUUCUUUGUUCAAGACUGGAUAGAUUCUUUUAGCCUGUCUGCAUACGACAUGCCUUUUAAACCUGGGAUAAUUCUGGUUGCUCUUCUUUGCACUCUUUCUAGAGCAGCAAUAUCAUUUUUGUAAUGAGGCUGCAUGCAGGGCAACGUGAGGGGUAGUGGAAAUAUAUGGGCGAUCGUGAGAUGCAGGUGACUCAAUGAGAUAUCAUUGCGUAACACAGUUUUGCAUGGGUAAAGUGGGUGCUGGGCCAGCACUCGCAUUAAUAGUAACAUGGAGACUGGGGGGAAAAAACAGGACACAAUUAUUAUUAUUUAUUUCUUAGCAGAUGUCCUUAUCCAGGGCGACUUACAAUUGUUACAAGAUAUCACAUUAUUUUUACAUACAAUUACCCAUUUAUACAGUUGGGUUUUUACUGGAGCAAUCUAGGUAAAGUACCUUGCUCAAGGGUACAGCAACAGUGUCCCCCACCUGGGAUUGAACCCAUGACCCUCCGGUCAAUAGUCCAGAGCCCUAACCACUACUUCACACUGCUGCCCAAUGAUAUCACCACCAGCAAAAUUGAGGUGGACAAGGUCCACUGUUAUGAAACUUUCUUUACAUGGGCCAGUGGAAUAUGCUGUGUCAUGUCAGUUUGAGAGGGCAGCACCAACAACAUGAAUCAACCAACAGUCUUCCAGUGUCAUACUGGAUGAGCAACAGAAUACAAACAGAUAUUUAAUGGGAGGGAUGGCCUCACCAUCACUAGAUACACAGUGCUGUCAUACCAGUAUGUUCUGUGUUCACCAUUUCUCCAGUGUCUUAAGACUAUGUUGGCAGAUUGCACACAUGUGCGUUCUGUAAAUAGCCAUCCUUAUGCCGUGCACCUUCCCCAUGACACUGGCAGCCUCCCAGUAGGUAUUGUCUUGUUUUGCAUGUACAGUGCUAUUUUGGGGGCUUAAGGGGUUAAUGGAAAUGCAGUCUGGGUUAGAUGGAGCGCAACUUUCAAACUGGCACCUCUAUUAGAUUUUCAAGUUACUUUUAUCAUUUAUACUUCCUCAAGACACAAUAUACUCAAUCACAGAGUCACAGAUAAACGUAUUGGCACCCUAUGCUUAUUACACCACAGUCCAAGGUAACAGAUUAAGGACAAGAUCAAACAAAAGCAACAUAGACAAUUUCUAGUAAUUUAACAAAUCAUCUUUAUAAAAAAGACAAACUUAUUUAAUGUAAAGUAUUCGUUCAUUACAAAAAGUAUUGGCACCCCUGCUUUAGUAUUGUGUGUGUGUCCUCCUUUUGCUUUUAUUACAGCUUUCAGGCGUUUAUGAUAAUUCGUAACCAGUAUGUUACACCUUGUAGGUGAAACCUGGGCCCAUUCUGUCUUGUAUAUUUCUUUCAGCUCAGCCAGAUUGGAUACACAAUGCUUGGCUACAGCUUUUUUUUUAGAUCAGUCCAAAGCAUGUGGAUGGAGAUGUUGUGAUUGCGAAGGCUAAUGUUCACUAAAUGCUUGUGUUUAAUAUGUUUUCUUGAAUGAUCUUAUUAAUUGUAGGGUGCCAUUGAAGACAUUGGAAAAGACGUCUAGUCGACAUAGUUGGGUUCAUAUAUAUAUAUAAGUUAGCUCGGUUUAUAUAUAUCAGUUAUUAUUAUUAUUAUUAUUUAUAUUUUUAUAGUAAAUACAUAGUAUAACUAUGUCAUCGUAACCCUGCUUCCCAAGAUAUAGAAGGUUUGGUGGUACAGUGGUUAAAGAAAGGGACUUGUUACCACUUUCAAUAGA